GUCAAUUAGGCUUUGAGUCUUAUUGUAUGCAUGAUGCCACGCGAGGGAGAGCACAAUUUACAUUACAGAGAAGAACUACAGUUUCUGGUUUGGAUUAUGGCUGGGAAGCAAGCGCGCGCGCUGGCGGGCGGAAGAGAACGGUGUACAGGAAUCGUGAUUAGUGCAGCCACCACAGGGUAUGAGGCUCGAGAGGAUAGUAUAAGGGUAUGUGGCGUCAAAAUCAUAUAAACGGGUCAACGGCUUGGGGGAUAACGAGGCUGUUGCGGACUGCGCGAU